CUUGCUUGACAAAGCAUUAAUCAUGACUGGUGCGCCAGUGCGCGAAAAGCUUGUCGAGACUCUAAUCGAUUCUCUGAAAGCAGCAACCUGUUCCUCGCCGCGGCAAGCAGCACCAGCUGACCAGCCAGAGCCCACUUUGCUCUUUUCCCCUGUUGCAGUACCGGCACCCGAGAUAAAAUGCCCCAUUCCUCGGAUUUCUGCUUGUGAAUUUGAUGAGUUCCGAUCGCAUAUCUACACAUCUCGAACACCACUGGUGAUUACCGAUGCAGUAUGGCACUGGCCUGCUUUGUCGACUCGGCCGUGGUCUUCCCGCUCUUACUGGGCUGAGCGCACCUUCGACGGUCGAAGACUCGUACCUGUGGAGAUCGGCAGAGCAUACACGGACGAAGACUGGGGUCAGCGAAUCAUGCCCUUCGGUGAAUUCAUUGCCAAGUUUCUCGAUCGGGAUCAGGACCAGGGUGGUCCAACCGGCUAUAUGGCGCAACAUGACCUAUUGUCUCAGAUUCCAGCUUUGCGAAAGGACAUUUACAUCCCUGAUUAUUGUUGGACCGACCCGCCUGGACCGGAGCCGGGCACGCCAUUGUAUCUCUCGAGGCAGCUCGCGAUGGAGGAAGAGAGGAAGAAGAUAACUUAUGAGCCGGUCAACGUCGUUGGAAAGGACAUGGAAGACCAAGAAACUAAAAAACCCAGCGUUGCAGAAGCUGAUUCUGCUAGCGAUGACUCUGUGGACCAUUUCUCUGACGAUGUUCACAUCAAUACCUGGAUCGGCCCGUCAUGGACCAUCUCACCUCUGCACCAUGAUCCCUAUCACAACAUUCUUGUUCAGGUCGUGGGCGCGAAAUACAUCCGACUCUACUCGCCUCACACGCCAGCGUCACAGAUCUGGCCGAAAGGGAAGGAGGUUGUGAAGACAUCAUCGAUUAAAUCUUCUGACGAAGAUGACAGACAGGCGGACAUUCAACUUCAAGGGGAAUUAAAUGCAUCUCUAAGCCCCGAUGACCCCUCAUCGCUGACAAUGACCGCGGAAAUUGACGAACAGGUCAUCGACAUGUCGAACACCUCGCAGGUAGAUUUGGCAGCUAUCGAGAUGUCUCCAGCUGAGGCUGAACAGUGGGAGGAAUUAUGGCCGGGCUUCUUGCAGGCAGAGUAUGUGGAGACAGUACUCAGGGAGGGUGAAUGUUUGUAUAUACCUUUGGGCUGGUGGCAUUAUGUACGUAGUUUACAGGGAGGCAUCAGCGUCAGUUUUUGGUGGGGAUAGUUCCCCCAAUCGUGCCGGUUUGCGUUUCCUAGACCGUAUAGCUAGGUUAAUGUGGAUAGGCUACUAGCAAAGAGAAAAGCGAAAGGGGGCUUGAU